AUGUGGGGACUUAGAAAUGUUGGAGAGAUUGUCAACAUUCAAGAAGUUUAUGAUGGUUACCCCAACAUAUUCUCUAUUGAACUUCAUCACGGAGGGAGUUUCACAAAGUUUCCAAAUAUCAGGUAUAUUAAUGGCCAAGUAAGGUACUUUGAUGUUGUCGACAUUGAUGAAUUUUCUGUUCAUGAACUAGACUCGAUGAUGAGAGAAUUAGGGUAUGAUGGUACUGAAAUCAUGUAUUACCAUUUCCGUUUGCCUAAUGAAGGAUUUGACUUUGGACUCCGAGCAUUAGGUAACGAUGAUGAUGUGCGUAAUCUCUCACGAUAUGUUACCCAUAAUAACAAAAUGAUUAAAGUGUACACAGAGCAUGGUCAAACGAACUUGCUUACAUAUUUUAUGUCCCCAACUGGUCCAAAAAGGGUUAUAAUAGAAGACAUGGAGAAGCAGGAUUGCAUUAGACCCUCAUCACCUGUAGUUGCUCAUGAAGUGGUAACUCCAAUCCAAAUUGAUGUUGGUGAGGGUGAUUUAGGGUUAGCAUUAACCUUAUACAAAUCAGCAACACCUGAAUUUAGUAGGUCUAAAGGUUGGAAACAUAGUAAAGGGGCAUCGUCUUGUAGUAGAAUGCUUAAAUUAGAUUGGGAAGGUGCUGAAAAAACAAUGGCAAGUGGUGAAGUUGAUAAGGGUAAGGGUGUAGAAGGAUUUGUAGAUGAAUUUGUUGUAGUUGAUGCAGAAAAAGAGUUAAACAAAGAGAUUGAUGUGAAUGAAGAACUUGAUGUGAACAAAUCGAAUGGUGAGGGUGUAGAAGGAUUUGCAGAUGAGGGGUAUAGAGUUGUCAUAGAUAAUGAUCCUCAAGGAGUCAAUGAAUUUUCAACUAACAUCAACAUAGAUGAUGAGUUAAUGACAAACUUUCAACCUUUUGAAGGGUUUGAAGACCAAGAUAGCAUCCCAUUUAAUGGGUUUGAAGGCCAAGAUAAUAUUCCUUUCAAUGAUGAGUGCACACAAGAGGAGCCUGAUGACAUUGAGUUUGAGAAUCAAAACAGUGAAGAUGAAGAUAGUGACUUUAUGAUUGAUGAGGACAACAUAAUUGAAGAUGUUGACGUCGACAUGGAGGAUUUCAAUCUAAAUAUUGAUAUAGAAGCAGAGUUCAAUGGAUGUCAAAGAAUGGGUGGUCAAAUAAAUGAAGAUAGUGUUGAAGAAGAUGAUUUGGAGGUAAUUGACAAUGACGAGUGGGAUUCACUAAGUGAUGACUCAGGGGACAACAGGAAAAGAAGAGAAAUGAUCAAAGAGCUGGGGAAACAAACCUUAUGUUCUGCUGGUGAGGUGCACAAGGUAGCUUUUCAUAUUGGGCAGAAAUAUAAAGCCAAGAAAGAAUUGAAAGAUAAAAUUGACCUGCAUGCUUUAGAGACAAGGAGGAAUAUCUCAUUCACAAAAAACAACAAGAGUAGAUUAACAGCUGUUUGUGAUGGAACUGUAGUUUUAAAUGCAAGUGGGGUAGGUGGACCUACCUCUGGGAAAAAGAUUGAAGCUAAUCCUGGACUGCCUGUUCGUGCCCUACAAGAGCAACUCCAAUCAACUUAUGGAGUUAGUAUUUCAGAAGAGAAAGCAUUUAGGGCAAAAGCAUUAGCCACCAAAAAUGUUGCAGGGGAUUACGUAAAGCAAUAUGCAGCUUUGAGAGACUAUGUACUAGAGCUACAAAAGACAAAUGAAGGUACAACUGUAAAGAUUGAUGUGGUUUCAGAACCUGUGGUUUCAUCCCCAACCAGGCAAUUCAGAAGGAUAUACGUGUGUUUAGGUCCUUUGAAGAAAGGUUUUAAGGCAGGUUUGAGAGAAUUUUUAGGCUUAGAUGGAGCCUUCAUGAAGGGACCUUUCCCAGGUCAAAUACUAAGUGCAGUUGGUGUUGAUUCCAACAAUGGAACCUACCCAUUGGCAUAUGUUGUUGCUGAAAGUGAAAACACUUCAAGUUGGAAAUGGUUUCUUCAGUGUCUUGCAGAAGAUCUUGACUUGUAUUCAAAUUCCAACUUCACCUUUAUCAGUGAUAGACAGAAGGGUCUUCUACCAGCCAUAGAACAAUUGUUCCCUAAUGCAGAACACAGGUUCUGUAUUAGACACAUAUACCAGAACAUGAGGAUGUUAUUUAAGACUACAGAGUACAAGGAGUAUUUUUGGAGGUGUGCUACAGCCACCACCAUACCAGAGUUUGAAGCUGUAAUGGUAGAGCUAAGGAAUUAUGACAUAGAAGCAUAUCAAUGGCUCUUGAAAAUCCCUCCACAUCAUUGGGCUAGAAGUCAUUUUUCUGGAAGGGCAAUUUCAGACAUGUUAUUGAAUAACCUUUGUGAAGUGUUCAAUAGCAAACUUGUAAAAGGGAGAGACAAACCCAUUAUCAGUUGUUUGGAGUUCAUCAGAGAGUACCUUAUGAAGAGAGUAUGCAAUGUGAUGAAGGUGUUAAACAAGUGUCAAGGUCCAUUAACUCCAACUGGUACUAGGAUUUUGGAAGCAAACACAACACUAGCUAGUAAGUAUCAUGCACGAUGGAAUGGGGGACAAAAGUAUCAGGUUAAAGGUCCAUGGAAUGAUCAACAUGUGGUGGACAUGGAGAAAAGGGAGUGUAGUUGUAGAAAGUGGGAGCUUACUGGAAUUCCUUGCAAACAUGCUAUUGCAAGCCUAAAUGAAAUGGCAGACAACAAUGAAAAGGUAGGAGAACUAUACACCUAUGUGCAUAAGGUGUAUUGGCUUGAUACAUGGAAAGAGAUGUACUCCUUCAAGGUGGAGCCUAUCAAAGGUAGAGCCAUGUGGCCUAAGAGUGACUGCCCAACAACUCUUGUGCCUCCACCACACAACAAAGCUAUAGGCAGGCCAAAAAAGAAAAGAAGGAUUACAGCAGAGGAAAGGAUUGAAAUCCAGCAACGUAAGAGGCAAGCAAACAGUCAAAGUCAAAAUGAUAAUGAAACUCAAUCACUGAGCAGGAAGUUUUUGACUGUGACAUGUAGUAAGUGUAAGCAAAAGGGUCAUAAUGCCAGGACCUGCAAGGCCAAAGAUGGGAAUUGA